CAAAAUAGUGAAGUGUGAAUCUAAGGACAGUUUAAUUCCAAUCAAGUUUCCUGCUGUUAAAUUGUGAGUAUUGACUCACACUUUGCAGAGUGAGAGAAACUGGAGCUACUCCUCAACAGCAAUGCUUAGCACAGAUCAAAGAAAGUCUCAUGGAGCCGGCCAAGCAACCUAUAAAAUCCAGUCCCUGCAACUCAGAGCUGCUUCACCUAAUGAUAACCACUUUGAUGGUGUUUGGCUUCAAGAAAAAUCCAAUAUUAAGCUUCCACCAUUGAGCAAUGCUGCAACACAAUCAACUGUCACUGAUGGGAAUUACAAGAAAUUUAUGCUACCAAAAUUGCAUAAAAGAUACCUACCAGGUAAAAAUAAGCAAGAUGUUAGUUGGGAUAAAUUUCCACUUGGACAUACAAGUGCAUUCACACUAAGAAAAUCAUUUUUACCGCGUAAAGUUCGAACAAAGAAAACGUUCUCCUUUUUUCCGGUCACCAUUCAUCACCCUCUUCCUCCUCCACCAGCUCCUGUUUGUAUGACUGCUCCUCCUCUCCCUCCUCCUCCUUCUCUCCCCCCACCUCUAUGGGUCAAUCCUGUAAAUACACAAUCAUUUGAUGCUAAAAACGAAGCAAAACCAAACCCAGUAGUUGUUACUAACCUGCAGCAAACAACAUUACUGACUACUAUUAAUAUCACUCACAUUAAAAAAGAACCUAUUGACAAUGCUAUAUGCAUGCCUACAAUGGAAGAACCUCCUCCAGUCCAAGAAGAUGUCAAACUUUGCACUGUAGAAAUCCCAUCACAAUUCCCUGCACCUGUAACGUCAGUAUUUCAAGAGAAAAGAGGUACUGUUCCUUUGGCUAGGGAAGUAAAACCUUCAAGGAAAAGAAAUGUCACGUCCUCGCAUCUUCCUCUGUCUACACUUCUCAUAGAGGGCCCUUAUCAAUUCUCACUCAAGAUGACCCAAUCUUCCUAUCAGUAUGGCACUAAGCAGUACUUUUAUAAGACUACUAGCGAAAUAGUCCUUCCAUCUCCAGCAAGAAUCCAAGAGGCCCAGGAUAGUAGGAACCUCAAGUGGAAAGCCACCCUCUCUCUCAUUGAUUUGAGUCAAUUAUCUAGUUAUGGACGAUCAAAAAGACGAGUAUAUCAGCAUCUUUUCAAUCCAAAGAGAGCAAAGAGGACAGCUGGUCGGUUUUAUCCAAAAGACCGAUUGUUAUUCUCAUCACAAAGUAGUCAUAGGGUAUCAAGUCAUUAUGACUCUGCCUUUUCUUCAUCAGAUGGAGAAGCAGCACCAUAUCAAUAUCAUGAUGACUCAAUGGUGUAUAGUACAUCAGAGCUUAUGUUUAAAGGAUAUUUUAACUCUCUAUACGAAGUGCAGCCUCUUGACUGCAAAAGAUCAGCAAAGAGAAGGGCAAGGUAUAAGAGAGAGAGGAUGCGGAAGGAUAACCCGUUCCCAGAUCUGGUGAUAGCAGGGUCACAGUUUGAAUCCUUCCAGCAGCAGCUGGCAUUUUAUAUGACGAACCUAAUCGAUACCACACUGAACCAAGUUGGAGAGAUGAUUAAAGAUAAAGAACGUAAUAUUUUAAGAUUAAGGCAGAGUGAGCUCCUACGAAAAAGGCUAGGAGAAGGAACAUGGUUCCCUCACCUCUCAGUACUCACAGAAGAGAGCGAAGAAGAACUCUCAUUUUCUGCCCGGCAAAGAAAAUGGAGAGAGUUUCUAUCAAACACGACCGAAAAGAUUUUCUUUAAAGACCCAAAAGGUCGACUCUGUGCAGCCACUAUCAGCUCUGAAGGUGAGAUAACAGGAACAUACAUCAUUAGUACGUCUGAACUGGAUACAUUUGGAAUUACUAACAGCGAAAUAGAACUGGCCAUGAGACAAGGGUCACUUGUUGAUAGGUCACAGAGAGAGAUCAUUGAGGAAAGGCUAAGGAGUAAAGGCAUCAAAGUGUAUACCGACAAAGAGGCACAGUUGAUACUGAGGCAAGCUAAAAGAGAUAUCAAGCAUAUUGAGAGAUCAAGCGAACUUGAGAGCAGCAGAUCAGGUAGAAAGAGACGGAAAAAAGAGAAGAAGAAGAAAAGGAAGAAGAAAGGAGAGGAAGGGGAGUCAUCUGAGGAGGAUGGAUUAGAUGAGAAGGAGAGAAAGAAGAGAAAGAAACGAAAAAAGAAAAAGGGAAAGAGCGAAGAAGAUGAUGAUGAUAGCAAUGAUGAUGAUGAUGGUAAGAGGAAGAAAAGAAAAAAGAAGAAGAAGAAGCGACGUAAAGGAGACACAGAGUCAGAAGAGGAAGAGGAAGAAGAAGGAGAGAGGGGAAAGAAAAAGAAGAAGAAAAAGAAAAAGAAACGUCGAAACGACUCCGAAGGCUCCGACAGCGAAGAUGAAGAUGAUGAAGAUGGCGGGACUAGGAGAAGCAAAAAGAAAAAGAAAAAGAAGAAAUAUGUAACAGAUUCCAAAGAUGAUGAUGAUGAUGACAGUGGUGAUGGUGAAACUAGUAAAAAGAAGAAGAAAAAGAAAAAGAAGAAGAAACGGAGGAGAGCAUCUUCCGAUGACGAGGAAGAUGAAAGUGAUGAUGAUGAUGAUGAAAAUAAAGAAGGAAAAAGAAAGAAGAAGAAGAAGAAAAAGAAGAAAAAGCGUAGAAGAAAGGACUCAGAGGAUUCCGAAGAUGAGGAGAGUGAGAGUGAGAGUGAGGAGAAAGGAGGAAAGAGUAAGAAAAAGAAAAAGAAGAAGAAGAAAAAGCGACACAAGAAAGACUAUUCAGACGAAGACGAUGAAGAUGAAGAGAGUGAGAGUGAUGAUGAUGACUACAAAAGUAAAAGAAAGAAAAAGAAGAAGAAGAAGAAAGAGUCAAAAAGAAAAGGGAGAGAUUAUUCGGACGAUGAAGAUGAAGAAAGUGAUGAAGGAAGUGAUGAUGACUCUGAAGAUACCAAGAGGAGAAAGGUAAAGAGAAGGAAAGAGAGAAGGAGGCAAAAGAGAAGAAGUAGGGAUACAUCAGACAGCAGCAGUGAUGAGAGCAGCAGUGAUGAUGAUGAUGAUAGCUCUACUCAUAAGAAGAAAUCAAUAAGGAAAAAGAAGAGGAGGCAACUAAAACGAAAAAUAAAGAGAGCUGUUGGUGAUGAUGCUUCAAGCUCUGAAAUGUCAGAUUCAGAUGAUUCAGAUUCUGAUUCCUCAGAUUCUGAUUCUGAUUCCUCUGAUUCUGAUUCCUCUGACUCUGAUUCCUCUGAUUCUGAUUAUUCUGAUUCUGACUCUAGUGAUUCUGAUUCUGAUUCCUCUGAUUCGAGUUCAUUUGAAUCUGGCUCUUCCGAGGAAGGAGGAACUGCUGAUGGGUUGGGCGGGACAUCAAAAGUUAGAAAAAAGAAGCAGAAAAGAGAAAUGAAAUCAAAAUCAAAAGCAACAAGCCGGAAAUCAAAAAGAUCUCAAAGAAAAGGUAAGCACAGUAGUAGCUCCAGCGAUAGCAGUGACAGUGAUUCUGAAUCAGACGACAAGAGAGCUAAAAAACGACGUAAGAAACGAAAGAGACAAAACCUUUCUGAUACCUCAAGUGAAGAGGAUUCCUCUGAAGUAUCAAGGAAAAAACGUAAAAAGAGAAAGAAGAAAAAGAAGUAUGUUACAAGCUCAAGUGAUGAUUCUACUGAUGGCGAGAAGAAGUCAAAAAAGAAACGACGCAAACGAAAGAAAGCGAAAAAAUACUCAAGCUCCUCCAGCGAGUCCUCUGCUGAUAGUUCUAAAGAAUCAAAGAAAAAGAAGAAACGAAAACGAAAGAAGAAGAAGAAAGCAUCUGGGGAGAGCGGAGAAGAGUCUUCUGAUAGUUCUUCUGAAGAAAUAAUAAAGAAACGACGAAAGAAGAAGAAAAAGAAGAAGAAGAAGAAUGCGAGUGGUGAGGAAUCUGCUGCUACGAGUCUUGAUGAGGAUAGCUAUAGCGACUCUAAGAGGAAAAAGAAAAAGAAGAAGAAGAAGAAGAAAAAGAAGACAAAAAGAGGAUCUGCCAGUGAUUUGAGUGAUGAAUCAGGCAGUAGUAUUGAGAGCUACUCUGGUGAAUCAAGGAAGAAGAAGAAGAAGAAGAAAAAGAAUAAAAAGAAAGGCAAAUCCAAGAAAGGUGAUUCGGAGUCAUCUGAAGCCUCAAGCAGUGAUGAAGGAGAGAGUGGAGAUGAAUCGGAGAGAGCAAGGAAGAGAAAGGCCAAGAAGAAAGAGCGAUCUAUGAAGAAGAAGAAGAAAGGAGACAUGCAACUUGAAGAAAGUGAUGACGAUGAUGAUAAAGAAGAGAGAAACAGGAAUCUUGAAUUGUCAGUGACACAAGGCAUUGAGCAACAGAUGGCACAAAUAAUGGAAAAGAAAAGACUAGAAAGAGAAGCCAAGAAAAAGGCUGAAGAAGACAGGAAACUGAGAGAAAGAGAAGAACUGGAGAGGGAGAUCAGGGACUAUGAGCGAAAGGAAGCAAAGAGACUAGAAACUAUGAAAAGACUUGAGAAACUACGCAAAGACGUCCAACUAAAGCAAUUACUCUACAUGUACAAGGCAGCAGUUAUAUCGGACUACAUGAACACGGUAGACCUCUGGGAUGAACAGGACUAUGAUUACAUUGAGCAUUACUUUGGGACUGAGUACAAGGAGAGGGUAAUGGAGCUGGAGAAGGCUAAGAGAUUGAGAGAGGCCAUAUUGAACGAGCAGGAGAUGAUGGAGUCAUUGGAAUCCAGAAGACAAGAGCUGCUCUUGAAACUGGAGCAAGCUCAUCGGCAGUUUCUAAAGAGUUUGAAAGAUGAGGAAAUCACGCUUGAGCUGUAUUCCCAGAUAUCGCAUGCUUUUGUCUACUCGUAUUUUGAAUGCAAUCCAGAUGCAAGACUGGAGAGUCUGAUAGGGAAAAUGACAUGAUAUUUAUUGGACUGUUAUUAGUGUUGAUUUUAAUAAUGAUUUUUCUGGAAUUUGAUGAUUGUUAUAAUAUUAAACUUGUGUUAAUUUGUACCUGCAUACUUGUGCAGUGAAGC